AUGCUGCUAUCGUUGGAAAAUGGUCUCUUUCGUCGUGUGGUGCCGCCGAUGGCGCCCCAACAACUAUCUUUUGCUGGCAUUUCCUUUUUAACUUUGCAGGCGGUGCUUGAAGUGGUCAUUGUGUGUCUUGCUGGGUUUUUCGUUGCCAGGUCAAAUCUCUUGGGCACUUCGGGCCAGCGAAUGCUCUCACAAUUGAACGUCGACUUGUUCACGCCGUGCUUGGUGUUCACGAAACUUGCUCCUUCCUUGUCGGUAGAUAAGAUCCUUGACAUCUUCAUCAUUCCGGUGUUUUAUGCCGUUUCGACUGCUACCUCAUACUCUUGUUCGCAAUUGACUUCUCGAUUCUUUGCUUUGAAUCCCGCUGAAACCGAUUUUGUGACCGCAAUGGCCGUGUUCGGCAACUCAAACUCCUUGCCCGUAUCCUUGACCAUGACUUUGGCAUACAGCUUGCCUGAUCUUCUAUGGGAUCAGAUGGAAGACGAUACCCCAGAUAAAGUCGCCUCUAGAGGCAUGUUGUACUUGCUCAUUUUCCAGCAGAUGGGACAGAUCUUGCGUUGGUCCUGGGGUUACAACAAGCUUUUAAGAAAGCGCUCUCCUAGAGAGCUUGAUGAUGCCAUCACCAGUGGCGAAAUCAGGCCGUUGAAUCUCCCAGAAUUGGAGACUCAGAGGUUCAAUUCCAGAUCUGCUAGUGACAAUGAAGAUGCUUCUUCAGUUUCUACAAUCAGUCCGGAUUUCCCUACAAUGGCUCCUCCACCUCAGCAAGACUCCGACGACUCUGACCUCAGUGACAACGUUCACAAGCCUGCUGAUCCAGUCAAUGUCAGCUUUGUGAAACGCAAGUGGCUUGCUUUCACGACUUGGAGACCAAUCGCCAACUUUUUUGCAUUCAUGAACCCACCGCUUUACGCAAUGCUCGUUUCCGUGCUAAUUGCGUCGGUUGGGUCCCUCCAAAAGCUUUUCUUUCUGGAAGGCAGCUUUGUGAGAAACACAUUGACAAAGGCAAUCGAUAACUUAGGCUCGGUUUCAAUUCCGCUCAUCUUGAUCGUGUUAGGCUCGAAUCUUUAUCCAUCGGCUGACAUCCCUCCAGCUUCGACCCACUAUAAGAGGAUCGUGGUAGCAUCAUUGGUGUCUCGAAUGAUUCUUCCGACGGUUGUGUUGCUUCCUUUGAUUGCUCUUUGUGUCAAAUUCAUCAACACCUCCAUUCUCGACGAUCCAAUUUUCUUGAUUGUCGCUUUUAUUCUUACCGUGUCUCCUCCUGCUAUUCAAUUGUCGCAAAUCACGCAGCUCAACAACAUCUACCAGAAGGAAAUGGCUGGCGUGCUAUUCUGGGGCUACGUUGUCUUGACGCUUCCUACUACCAUUUUCAUUGUCGCUACAAGCUUGGAGGUCCUCAAGUGGGCGCUAUAA